GGACUUUUUCGUCCAUCAAUAUCCGGUCCGAGCAUCUGACUAAACAACAACUUUGACGACGGAAAACUUUCCUCUAAUUGACACUGACAAGGAGAAGAAGCUUUUGCAAAAACUGAAAAUAUGAAAGGAAGAAUUGUGAUUUUCUCCAUUACAGGCUGUCCGUUUUGUCUUCGCGCGAAGUCUAAAAUACGAGACGAGUUGAAGCUGGAGUUUGUAGACAUCAACCUCGACAAGUACCCCAAUCGGCGAGUAGAAGCUAGUGAAAGGUCAGGUCGAAGAACAGUUCCUCAGAUAUUUUUCAAUAAUAUUUAUGUUGGAGGAUACGACGACCUUGUGAAGCUGCCCAAAGAGGAGCUUGAUAAGUUUAUUAAAGAAGUCCAAGAAAAUGAAGCACCUGAUAAUGCACCACAACCACCCAGUGCAUCAGAGGAAGAUGACAUUGAKGACAUGUAUGAAUUCUCUUGUGAACUUGAUGAGUAUGCAGAAUUGGUCAAGACUAUCAAAGAAAGUGGUUUGGUCAAAGACCAUAGGCAGCUUCUAYACUCCCAUAAGAACUCAUUUAUUGGUAAAGAGGUUGUUGAAUGGCUYAUUACAAACAAACAAAUUGAAAGAGAUCAUGCUUUGGCAAUGUGUCAAAAUCUUAUUGACCGCCUCUUUGUGAAGAGGGUCAARGGUGGACAGGAAGAACCAUUUGCAGACGACAACACUUUUUAUCGCUUCUUGGAGGAUGAAGAAAGCAAUGCAUUAAACUCUGGUAUGGAGUCCCUGUGUGAACCAAGGCCAGCCCAUGAAGUAGGAGAAACGCUAAGACAUCUUAUAUUAAAGCUGUAUAACAGCUAUUUAUCACCAGAUGGAAAGGGUGUUGACUAUUCGUCGAUGGGUGAGAGUGAUCAUUUCAAAGACUAUGUGAAGCACACAGCUGAACUACAACGUGUGAAAUUACAGGACGCCAGCAGAGAAGAAAAGCUGUCAUUCUUUAUAAAUAUUUAUAACGCCUUAGUUAUUCACGCUACUGUCGUGAAGGGACCUCCAAACAACCUAUGGCAACGUUACAAGUUUUUCAACACUAUCAGCUACAUAAUCGGUGGUCACGUGUACUCGUUGAAUGAAAUCGAAAAUGGUGUAUUGCGGUCGAACCGGCGAGCAAUUGGGGCGCUUAGAAGACCAUUUGGUAAGAAUGACCCACGGUUGAAGAUUGCACUGGAGCAACCCGAGCCUUUGAUUCAUUUCGCUUUGGUUUGCGGUGCAAAGAGCUGUCCACCCAUCAAGACUUACUCAGCUAAGGGCGUCAACGACGAACUCCGACUAGCUGCAGAAGCCUUCUUAGAAGGUGAUGACGGCUGUCAAAUUGACAUGAGCAAACGAGAGAUUCAUUUAAGCAAAAUCUUUCAGUGGUACAAAGAGGACUUUGGAAAGAAUAACGCUGAGGUAGCCCAAUUUGUGUUCGGUAAAAUGGCUGAAGGAGAAAARAAGACCAAGCUCGAUGAAUUACUGCUGUCAGGGAAUUUUAAGGUCGUGUAUAUGACUUACAAUUGGGCUUUAAACUCCAAGUAGAUAAAUAAUAAACAUACUUCCCAGUUGAUCUCAAACACUGUCAUAUGGAAACCAUCGUAGAUAAUUUAUACAACUAUUUCAUAGCCGCGUUACAUACAGUCAAUUCCAUUAACGUUAUUCAGUUGCCAAGAUGAAAACAAAGUCAUGUUCAUCAUAUCAUAUUGUUUUUUAAUUUCUUUGCAAGAAUAUUCAARAUAAAGUUCCAAAACGUCUUUACAACGUUAAUAACAUGCAUUUAAUUCGCUAUUAAUUAAAGUUUAUAAUUAUAAUUCAUCCUGAAAAAAGAAGCAAACAAAAAAAAAACGUUUUUAUGCUAAUGGCUUUGUUGUAGUUGUCUUUAUGUCUUUUCAAGGGAACAACCCGGUUUUAAUGGGGUUGACUGUAUUUAAUUUAAGAUUGAAAGACGAAUAAAUAGCCUGCGUAUUGUAGGGGUGAGUCGGAGGGAAGUCUAUGUGGUCCACCAGCUACACUCUGCUGCGCUGUCUCGUUGUAAGAAAUUUAUUAAUCUAUUUAAAUUAAUUAUUGUUUUAUAAUAAUUUGUAAAGAAAUACCUUGUUAAUGUCAA